GUACUCCCUGACCCUCCCACUCUACCCCAGAGGAAUAGAAAAACUGGCAAUCAGCAGCCCUGCAAGCUGGACAAGCAGCAAAAUGACAGAGGGUGAGAGCAGGGACGCAGCGGGGAUUUGAUGUCUGCUCUCACCAUGCUCAGGAUGCACUGGAUCCGAGCAGGCCAUGACAUUAAUGGAGCUCUGGAGCCAUCUAACAUCGACACCAGCAUCCUGGAGGAGUACAUCAGCAAGGAGGACUCACCAGAUAUCUGUUUCCCUGACAUCUCUGCUUCAUCUGGCUGUGCACACCCCCAGCCCUCCAGCUCAGCCACCAUCAGCGCGCCUCUUCCCAGUUCCGUCGGCAGUGCUGGGCAUGUGAACAACCCUGCUUCCAGUGGUUCCCUCCACCUUCCUCCCCCGGGCAGCCAGAUCCCGAUCCAUCACGGUCCUCUCCUGGCCAACCCUUGCGGACCCAGCUAUGGUGCUCACCUCAACUGCAAUAACAACAAUGGCAUGGCGGUGCCCAAGGGCUACCUCGGUGGCCACUGCCUAAACAGCAUGGUCCCUCCAAUCAAAUCGGAGCCCAAGGCCUCCUACGCACCUGGCACUUUACCCGACUCUCCCCCUGACUCUGGAUCAGAAGCCUACUCACCUCAGCAGGUGACUGAUCCUCACCUCCUUCGGACCAUGACCCCAGAGAACAUGUGCCAUGUAAUUCCCCCAUCUCGCCUGGAGCAUCCUCCGCCGCCACCACCUCCUCCUCCUCCUCCCCCCCACCUGCAAGCUGUGCCCCCUCCUUCCCACCCGCACUACCCUGGCCUGCAGCGGGACCUGUACAUGAAGGCUGAGCCCCUGAUGCCACCCUAUGGCAUGGGGCAGGGCAUAGCACCAGCUGACCUCCACCACGCUCAGCAGUCACAGAUGCUGCACCAGCUUCUCCAGCAGCACGGAGCAGACCUCCCGGUGCACCCUGCCAAGAAAAGGAAGCAUUCCGAGUCACCCCCAAACACCCUUAGUGCACAGAUGCUCAACGGGCUGAUAAAGCAGGAGCCAGGCAUGGGGUCUGUGCCACUCAACCCCGAAAGAGUUCCCACGCCUCCUUGGCACCAGCCAGGACCUCUGUCUCCAGGCCUGAUUCAGGAUAAUGACAGCUUGAAUGGCUCCUACCUAGACCCCAACUACCAGUCUAUAAAGUGGCAGCCACAUCAGCAAAACAAGUGGGCAACUCUCUAUGAUGCCAACUAUAAAGAACUCCCCAUGCUCACCUACCGCGUGGAUGCUGACAAAGGGUUCAACUUCUCUGUGGGCGACGAUGCCUUUGUGUGCCAGAAGAAGAAUCACUUCCAGGUCACGGUCUACAUCGGCAUGCUUGGAGAUCCCAAGUAUGUGAAGACCCCCGAGGGCCUGAAACCCUUAGAGUGCUUCUACCUGAAGCUGCACGGAGUGAAGCUAGAGGCCCUGAACCAGUCGAUCAACAUCGAGCAGUCACAGUCCGACCGCAGCAAACGGCCCUUCAACCCUGUCACGGUCAACCUGCCUCCAGAGCAGGUCACUAAGGUUACUGUGGGGCGGCUGCACUUCAGCGAGACCACGGCUAACAACAUGAGGAAGAAAGGAAAACCUAACCCAGACCAGAGGUAUUUCAUGCUUGUGGUAGCCCUGCAAGCACAUGCACAGAACCAGAACUACACACUUGCAGCCCACAUCUCUGAGCGCAUCAUUGUCCGAGCCUCCAACCCUGGCCAGUUUGAGAGUGACAGUGAUGUGCUCUGGCAGCGGGCUCAGCUCCCUGAUACCGUGUUCCACCACGGUCGGGUGGGCAUCAACACGGACCGCCCCGAUGAAGCCCUCGUGGUCCAUGGCAACGUGAAGGUGAUGGGUUCCCUGAUGCAUCCAUCAGAUGUCCGAGUGAAAGAGGACAUCCAGGAGGUGGACACCACAGAGCAGCUGAAGAGGAUCUCACGGAUGCGGCUGGUGCACUACAACUACACACCUGAGUUUGCAGCUACGGUGGGCAUCGACAACACCUCUGAGACAGGUGUCAUUGCUCAAGAGGUGAAGGAGAUCCUCCCUGAAGCAGUGAAGGACACCGGGGACCUGGUCUUUUCCAAUGGGAAGACCCUGGAGAACUUCCUAGUGGUGAACAAGGAGCGCAUCUUCAUGGAGAACGUGGGAGCUGUGAAGGAGCUGUGCAAGCUGACGGACAACCUGGAGACCCGCAUCGAUGAGCUGGAGAGAUGGAGCCACAAGUUGGCCAAGCUCAAACGUCUUGACAGCAUGAAGUCAACUGUGAGCUCUGGGGCGUUCAGCCAAACGGGAAGCCAGUUCAGCCGUGCAGGAAGCGUGCCCCACAAAAAGAGGCCUCACAAGAUAGCCAGCAAGUCGCCGUCGGUUGUCCCGGAGCAGGCCUGCAUCAGUCAGCGCUUCCUGCAAGGCACCAUCAUUGCCUUGGUGAUCAUCAUGGCCUUCAGUGUGGUGUCCAUGUCCACGCUCUACGUGCUGAGCUUGCGCAGCGAGGAGGACCUUGUGGAUAUUGAAGGGUCAAGCCAGAAUAUCGACAAAACACAGAUGGUGCGAUCCACAGCUGCAUCAGACAGAGCCAGCAGCAGGACCCCAACACACCACGCCACAUCACACGUGCUCGACUUACUCGAUGCUUUACCUGGUCACAGCGUGCUAGCCUGCUUCAACCCACCGUGUUUCUCCACUUGCUGCUCUGCUGCUCCCACCAACGCCUCCUCUGUUGCCCUCUCUGAGGCCAGCCCUACUCAUGUCACCAAUCAGACAGACCAAAGUCAGACCUCACUGCAGCCAGUGACAAAUAUCAAAGCCAAAUCCAGGGGCAUCACCAGGAAGGCAACCUCCUACACCAAGCGGCCAAAGACGCCUGACAGGUCUCAGAGCUUCGGCAGCCCCAAUGCCAGCCCCUCCUCCCCCUUCACCCACCUCCAGGGCAAAUCCAAGUACAUCUCCAACCUCUCGCUCUCCCGCAGCAACUCCCCACUGGGGCAGGCCCGGCCGCAGCGCAGCAUCAGGCAGCUGGUGAGCGAGUGGCCCCACACACAAGACCCCAGCACGGAUGGGCCAAGCCCAGUGCUGCGUUCCAUCCGGAUCCUGGAGAUUGAUAUGGCCAUCCAGUCCCAGUUCUGUGCAGCCAGCAGUGCAUGCAGGACUGGAAACUUCACCUACCGCAUCCCCAUCAGCCAGCUGACAGCAGUGAACACCAACCUGACCCUGGAGAUGAACUCCUCCUCUGUGCUGUCCAUUUCCCUUUGCGGCCUUGUCUCCAGCGACCCUUGCCAGGAUGUUGCAAGCACAGACGGCUUCAGUGAUGGCACAGACACACAGGAAACGACACACCGGUGGCCUCUUGUGAUGCUGUCUUUCAGGGAGUUCACCUACCACUUCAGGGUGGCACAGACUGGCCGAGCCAACUGCAGCACUACUCCCGAACAGAUGGGACACCUUUUUACUGACUAUUAUUUUCAGUUCUACUGGCUCUGUGAGUGAGUCCUGGCAGCACCAGUGCCCUUUGGUUGGAGAGAGGAGGGGGACUGGUGACACUGGGGAACUUCCUGUACACCCUCCUCCGCUGACCCCCAGCCCCACCUCAGCCCCCCCAUCGCCCUCCUUGGGGGUGGAGAUGGUUUGGUUAUGGCUGGCGGUGCUGACACUGAAGUACAGCACAUACGGAACACAGGACCUAAGCCACAGAAACACAACCAGCCCUGCGCCAUCUCCUGGGCUCACCUAGCACCAACACUGCCCCAAACACCCCUCCUUCCCUUCUGGGGACGCUUGUGUCCCCCAGCCCCUGCAACACUGGAUUUGAAAGCAUUACACUGGAUGGAACGUGGAUGGAUCUGCCAUAUCCCAGAGCAUGGGACUUGCCCAGCUGUGCCACGUCAGUUCUCCACAACACUGGAAUUGCUCAACACUGGAGCCCUUUCCAAGAGGGAAAAGCUGGAGUUUCACCUGGAAAGGAAAGGCUGUUCCUGGACGUACUGGAAGUUGUACACUGGAGUUGCUGUUCCUUCAAAUUGGACCUGCAGCCCCACCGGACCCCUGGAGACCCCAGGACUCCUGUUCUCCACAGAAGGUGCAGCUUCCGCAUUUGCCCCCCUCCUCACUGUGCUGUCACUAUAUCCAGGUCAGGAUGGAUAAACUCAAAAACCCCACUAAAGAUGCUGCUCAGGCUGUGCUCAGGCCAAACUACACGUGGGGGACACUUAACCAUCAGCCCCUGGGAGGAAAACUACCCCAAGCCACUUGUGUUAAGUGUUGGUUAAACACUGUAGGACCCAUUUUCUUCAACUGCCAGUGGCCACUUGUGGUGUGCACAGAGCUGCCCAGUUGGCUCUGAAGAAAAGGAUGACUGGCCAAGCCCAGUGUGCCCUGCAGAGCACAGCUGGGCUGCUGGGGCUGUGUGGUGUGGUUUCACUACGUAACCAGCGGGGGAAAAGCAAUGACAGUGAGUUCUCACUGCCUCUGCUCUCAGAACGCAGUUACGUUGAGUGUACUCUGGGUAUUUUACUGUUACAAGUUCUUAACUUGCUAAACUACUGAAUUUAAUUUCUUUUUUUAAGCCACAUAAAAAUGGGUCUCUUAAUUCUGUCCCUGUUGAGCUCUGUGCAUCUUGCAUAGGAAACCGAAGGGGGGCACUGCUAAGCUCGAUGUUAAAGCCUGAUUGCUGCAGCAGUACUGAGAUGUCAGCUCCCAGUGCUCCUAUGCCGUCCUUUCUGUCCUGCUCCAGCAAAAGGAGACCUCUGUGCUCCUGGAGGCUGAACCACCACCAGCUCCAGAAAAUGGAGACUCAUUUUCCUAAGGAAGCAGCACUGGAGAAUGGCAGCGAGGGGGAACCCUCCGGUCCUGAAGGAAACCCUGAAGCUGAUUAAGAGAAGAGCACACCUUUUGGGAAACAACAUCAGGGUCUGGCUGCUGCAUUCGUUCUGUCAGUGGAGGUAGAUGCAGCGAUCCCUUUGCCAGCUGCAGGCCAUGUUUUUUCCAUCGCUGAGGAGCACAGGGCAGGAGCAACUCUCUACCAGCAGGCUCUUCUGCUCUGGAGAAAUGAGCUGCAGAGAUGUUUUACCUGAUAGAUGGUUCCUACAUGCGCUGCUUCUGUUACAGAGCUCCCUUCUGAGGCUGUCCCAGUAGAGCAGCCGCACCCUUGCAAUUCCUUGCAGCAUCACUGGGAUUUUGCGUGGCUGCCCUUCCAGGACCUUGCCCUUUCCUUUAAUUGCAGGGCAGUUCCAAGGUCAGAUCUCUAUUCCAAUGCUGUGCCCAUGGGCAGCAGUGGAUGAUAUGGGGGAUGCUCUCCAGCAAGCACAAUGCACUGAAGUCUGGGCAGCCAGGAACCAGAGGGUGAGCAGGGAAUGCCAGGCAGCCAAAAGGAAUGAAGCUUAGGGAGACCUUUGGGGAGCUCGGAGGGAGAGCAAGAGGCACGGCAGCACAGACACAAACAGGUCAGCUCUGUGCUCAGCAGGAUUUUCUGCUUCUGCAAGGAAACCCUCUGGUGGACUCUCAGAGAGGAUGCUCAGCACUCCUCUUUCCACCUGUCCUAUGCGUUCUGCUCAGCCUUAAACUGAAGAAGUUACUUUCUUGGCAGCUUUUACUCUCCACUUGGCAAUCAGAGGCUCAGCCAAUCCUCGUCCUGGCGAGCAAUGCCCUGUGCUCUGCCAGCCCUGCUCAGCUGAGGGGCAGCCUUCUCAGACCCCACUGCCAUUUCUCCUAGCUGCCCACGCUCUCUUUUAGCCCCCACAGAGGUAACAGGCAGUGCCGUGACGGCUGGAGCCGACAGUGCUGCCUGCAAUCACUGCCACCAAUCCACCCUUGCCAACGGAGCCCCUGAGCCACACGUGUGUCUCCCCGGCUGCAGGCAGGGAGGGAGAAAGCAAUCAGCCACUGGACACAUGCCAGCCCAAGAGGAGAUGGGGGUCUCUCAGGUCCCUGUGAUGCUCAGCCAUUGGGUUACAAUGGCCUCAGCAAAACAAGUGCCUAACGGCUAUGGGAACAUCUCUAGUGCCUUGUUCUGCCAACAGGGUUCCCUACGCCUGUGUGUCUCAAAAACAGCGGUCUGUCAGCUUGAGAAACAAGGCAGUACCCGAAGUGCAACAGGUGAUGCUGCAGCUGUUUUACAGCAGGAAAACAGAAGGGGCUGAGAGCAAUCCGUGGUAUCAGAGGAGAGAUUCAGAACAUCAUCUUCAGCAUCUUACGUUGCAGUAAUUUGUCUUAAUGUACAUCACAGAUCACACAUCUGUUCCACCAGCAGCCGAGCAGCAAUGAGCUCAGAAGGUUUUUGUAACAAAAAAAAAGUCAACAAGACUGCUUCUCAGCCCACGGGAACAGCCGUUUGCACAGACCACCCCUGGAAGCUCUCUGCCCUGCCCACUGCCCUGUUCCCCACUCCCAAUCAGUAACCAGAGAGUUCACAAUCAGGCCUUUACCUGCGUGAGACGGGGGGAGCUCUGAGCCAAUGUCUCCAGCCCUGCAGCUCGGGGAAACCCUUCUUCAGCUGGAAACAGGAGCUUCAUCUCUCUAGACAUUCUUGGCAGAAAGGAAGCCAAGCAUGGAAACAAGGCCACUUGCCAAAGUUUGGCUGUUUCGGAGUUUGUUUCAAAAGCAAAUUCACAAACAUUCUGUCCUACUGUCAAGAGCUUAAAGCCUGUAAAUAGAGACUAUACCACCACAAGAAUUAAGAAAAAAAAAAAGUAAAGCACUAAUUUGUUUGGUUUAAAUGUUGCUGUCACUGCUUUAAUCACUGUAUAUUGCCAGCGAGUUCGUAGAGUUGCCUUAUUAGCAGGUAUUAUUGAUCAUAGGUUUUUAUUUGUGGGGAACAAGUGUGGUUUCCCUUCCUUUCUUUCUGAUUUAUAUUUAUAUUUUGCUAAAUUGGAGUGCUGAGUCUUCAGAUUCCCCACUUUUAUGUUUGGCUUAUUUAGACUUUGUUUUAUGCUGGAGGUAAAUAUGCCUAUAUAAAUAAAUAUAUGAACAUUGCUUUGUACUCAA